CUUCCCACCGAUCUCCCUCCUGGCACUUAACCUUGCAAGUGGAACAAGUGCUACAACUCCCUCACCACCAUUCAGGGCUCCAGGCAGUCCUUCCAGGUGAGGCAACACUUCAGCACCACCAGGCUGGUGUGGUAUACUGCGUUCGGUGUUCCCAGUGUGGCCUUUUAUAUAUUGGUGAGACCUGACGCAGACUGGGAGACCGUUUCGCUGAACACCUAUGCUCUGUCCGCCAGAGAAAGCAGGAUCUCCCAGUGGCCACACAUUUUAAUUCCAUGUCCCAUUCCCAUUCUGAUAUGUCUAUCUAUGGCCUCCUCUACUGUCAAGAUGAAGCCACAUUCAGGUUGGAGGAACAACACAUAUACCAGCUGGGUAGCCUCCGACCUGAUGGCAUGAACAUUGACUUCUCUAACUUCCGUUAAUGCCCUUCCUCCCCUUCUUACCCCAUCCCUGAUAUCUUUAGUUUUUUUUCUCCCCCUCCCUUUUUUUCUUUCUCUCUCUGCCCAUCCCUCUCCGUUCUCCAUCUCCCUCUGGUGCUCCCCUCCCCCUUUCUUUCUCCCUAGGCCUCCCGUCCCAUGAACCUUUCCUUUCUCUAGCUCAAUAUUCCUUUUGCCAAUCACCUUUCUGACUCUCGGCUUCACUCCACCCCCUCUGGUCUUCUCCUAUCAUUUCGCAUUUCCCCCUCCCCCUCCUACUUUCAAAUCUCUUACUAUCUUUCCUUUCAGUUAGUUCUGAUGAAGGGUUUAGGCCUGAAACGUCGACAGCACUUCUCCUCAUAGAUCCUGCCUGGCCUGCUGCGUUCCACCAGCAUUUUGUGUGUGUUGUUUGAAUUUUGUUUUGUUAGUUUAUCCUGUAUGAAGAACUCAUGACAACUAACCCAGAGUGAGCUGAAUGAUGCUUUAAUUUGAAUCCUUUGAGAUUAAAAGCUUAGAAAUGUUCUUUGAGUUUGCUGCUAGGUUUGGAAAUGUUAUUCUUAGUAUCAAAAUCCUAUGCUUAGUUUGUUCAAUUUUGAUUUUUCUGCAGAGAUUCAGGAUGUUUGUUGUUGAGUUUGUGUCAAGUAUGGAUAUUUAAGGAUACUUGUGAAUAGUGUAAUGAGUACAAUUUCAUUAAUGCUUAGAACCUCUUGUGAGAUGUGCACCUUAUGGGAAUAAGUGAAAUAAACCCAUUGAAACAUGUCUGUCCUUGGGGAAGCAUUGAUGAAUUUGGUUUCAGGAAAAGUAUCAUUGCUGCUAGUGUCAUGGACUUAAUUUAGUGCAUUAUAUUAUUCUGUGCACAGAUUAGUGUACCAAUUAUGUGCCCAAAUCUGUUGUUUGAUGGCAUUUAUGUAAACAUUUGGUAAUUGUGGACACAUGCUUGGAUUUAUAAAGUUCAUGGUUAGUUUUGUUGAAAUGUAAUGUCUUGAACUCCUUGAAAUUGGAACAUGGAGUAAAUGUACUGGUGGACUUCACCUGUUUACGUGUGCUUCGACAUCAUUACGUCCAUUGCAUAAUGUUGGAGAAUUGCCAGAAAAUUUUUGGUUGAUGUGUAAUCAAUACUCUCUAAAUGGAUUCUGUUUAGUCCAGUAUUAUGUGAAAGUAUUUAAUUUUUCAAUUUUUUUUUUACUUUGUUUCUGAAACUUGGCAGAGGAUCUUUAAUUACUAAUCUGAAGUUAACUUAAAAGUUUGAUUAGUGAGAAGUGAGGUAGUCAUGAUACUUAGUAGACAUGAAAGGUCAGGGUCAGUUUGCUCUGCUAUAAAAGUGACGUGGAUGGCUUCCAGUUCUAAGUGUCAGCCUUGCAGUACUCCACUGCUGUCUCAGAGGUUGUUAGAUAAUUGCAAUAAUUUAAAUUUGAUUUUCAUGAAUUUUGUAUGUCUUAGGUUUGUAUAUUUUGGCCAGUAUGCUGUGCCUAUGUUUAAGUAUACCAGUUCUAGACACUGUGGAAAGAGAGUUUGAAUACUUCGAAUCAGGACAGCUGCCUGUUGAACUAAAAUCAUUGUUUAAGCUCAGUCUUUUCAUCCCUUCAAAUGAGUUAAUGACCUAUCGUCGGUGGAGAGAGAAAAUUGUUAAAGCUGGUGACAAAGACUUAGAUGGCCAACUUGAUUUUGAAGAAUUUGUUCAUUAUUUAAAAGAUCACGAGAAGAAACUCAGGCUCGUUUUCAAAAGUCUAGAUAAGAAAAACGAUGGUAAAAUUGAUGCACAAGAAAUCAUGCAGUCAUUACGUGACCUUGGAGUCCAUAUUUCAGAACAGCAGGCGGAGAAGAUCCUGAAAAGCAUGGAUAAAAAUGGGACAAUGACAAUUGACUGGAAUGAAUGGCGAGAUUAUCAUCUUCUGCAUCCUGCGGACAACAUUCCUGAAAUAAUUCUGUACUGGAAGCACUCCACAAUAUUUGAUGUAGGCGAGAGUUUAACAAUUCCGGAUGAGUUCACAGAGGAGGAGAAGCAAACUGGCAUGUGGUGGCGACAGCUAGUAGCAGGAGGGGGUGCAGGUGCUGUGUCUAGGACGUGCACCGCCCCACUUGACCGACUCAAGGUGCUAAUGCAGGUUCAUGCUUCUAAAUCUAACAACAUGUGCAUUGCGGGAGGAUUUAGCCAGAUGAUUAAAGAAGGAGGAUUCCGGUCUCUGUGGAGAGGAAAUGGAAUUAAUGCAAUCAAAAUUGCUCCAGAGUCUGCGCUCAAGUUCAUGGCGUAUGAACAGAUAAAGAGAAUAAUUGGCAGUAACCAACAAACUUUGGGAAUACAGGAGAGAUUGAUUGCAGGAUCACUAGCCGGAGUAAUUGCUCAGAGCACCAUCUAUCCAAUGGAGGUAUUAAAGACUAGGCUGGCACUGAGGAAAACUGGACAGUAUUCAGGAAUUCUUAACUGUGCAAAACACAUUUUUAAGAAGGAGGGAAUUACUGCAUUCUACAAAGGCUAUGUUCCUAACAUGCUGGGCAUCAUUCCUUAUGCUGGUAUAGACUUAGCUAUAUAUGAGACUUUAAAAAAUUCAUGGUUGCAGCGCUGUGCCACUGAUAGUGUGGAUCCUGGUGUCUUUGUUCUCUUGGCUUGUGGCACCGUUUCAAGCACAUGCGGACAGUUAGCCAGUUAUCCCUUGGCACUUGUCAGGACGCGAAUGCAAGCACAAGCGACCACCGAAGGAGCACCUCAACAGACAAUGCUUGGACUAUUCAAACACAUUCUAAGCACAGAGGGGGCGAUUGGACUGUACAGAGGAUUAGCACCAAAUUUCAUGAAAGUUAUUCCUGCUGUGAGCAUUAGUUAUGUGGUAUAUGAAAACUUGAAAAUGACACUUGGAGUCACAUCGCGAUGAAGAGGCUUGGGAAAACUAGCUUGAAGUUAAUUGAUCUUGGGUGAUCAUCCUGGGAUUUGACUGGCUCAUUCUGUGAAUGUCAUUAAACACUAGUGAAAUAACAAUGCAUUGGGGAAGAGGAUUAAAGGGACCACUCCCCAAUAUUUAUCAGCAGAUUUAUUUUCUGAUUAGCAUUUUUUUAUCAGCUCUAAAAUGCUGCCUGAAACCCUGAUGGAGACGCUUUGUACAGUAUUGGUGCCACUGUAGCUCAUUGGUUUUACUGUGACGUGUUUGGAAGUCACUUGGACCAUCUUGAUCAUUGCAUCAAAUAUUGGCUGUUAUAGAGUGUGAAUGCUUGCACACCCAUGUGAUAUUUAUCUGCUAUUCAACUAGCAGUGUUAUGCUAUCUAGAGUAAGUAGCCUAGGUAACAAGCAAAGGAACAUCAUAGGAAUACUUUAAAGUAUUCUUCAAUUAAUAUCACUAUUCAUCAUUAUUAAUAACCUGUGACGAAAGGCUUGAGAAACCAAAUCAGAAGUCUUAAUGAGUGUUUGAAUCAGUAGAGAUGGAAUUCUGACGGUUACUGAAUGUAAUAUGUCUUAAGGGUUUAUUUCUGAUUUGGCGUAAGAUUCACAUCUGAAUGUUUGAUGAAAGAUUUUGGUUUGUGCAUAAUUUUUUUUAAGCAAGAAAUGAUCGUUCUUUUAUCAAACUUGUGGAAUCCAUCAGUUUCAUUAUCAGUUUAAUUUUGUUAUUGUCUGGUUUUUAAUAUGUAGUGCUGGUGUAAACUGGAUAUUUAUAUUAUUUAUUGUUUACAAGUUUUCACAAGGCUCAUAAUCAGUGAUAGUGAAGGCUUAAGUUUUCAGUGCAGCAACUAAAUAUUAGGCCUUUGCACAAAUCUGUUGUACCAUGCUGAAAUCUGAACUCAGAGAAAGCUGAUUUUUAAAAUUUCUUCAGCUUUACAAGUGAUCAGCUGUAUCUUAAAGAAACCUUAAACAGUCAGCUUGCAUUUAGCAAAAGGGUAAAUUAUUUAUUUUUGUACAUCUUGAGGCAAAGCAGAUAUUUAUUAAUUAAAUGAGGGCAGAUUGUGAUGCUGUAAAUAAGCUACUCAUUUUGUGUGGUUUAAAGAUCUUCCAGAUCCCCUUUGUUGUGUUGUUAAUUCUUAACCCAAGUUUAAAUGUUUGGACUUCCUUUGUAUUUUCCUGUUUUUGGAUGAUUAGGUUAAAGAAUGAAAAGAAAAAUAAACUACAAUGCACAACUCUUCCCAGUGUAGCAAAUUUUUGCAGUUGUGUUAAAUUGUCAAGAGAUUGUGAAUUGCAAAACAUUGAAUUCUAGUCAAAGAUGAGCCACUCCAUUUUAAGUCAUUGCAACGAUUUAAAAUGAAGAUUUUAAAAUUCUGAAUAUUUAUAAAGAAGCUCUGAACUGUCAAACGUUUUUGUGCAAAAUAUGUAAAGGGAAUAAUAGUGUCUCUAUUGGUGUGUAAUAGAAAGGCCUUGUAUGGUUCUGUGGACAUGCGCUUGUCCAUUAUGAACAAACCUGAAGAUUUUUUUUGAAUCUUCAAAAGAGUUUGAAAAUCUUGUGUUGUAUGUGUAUAGGACCAACCAACUGAUGACUGCUUUGAUUAUUAAAAAAAAAAUAUUUUGAAGGUGGGGGGGGGGAUAUUGAGGGAAGUAUAAUGAUGAUAAUGCAAGCCUCCUAGGGGAAUAACACAGAGCCUGUGACUCUGGUUUACAAGUAUCAAAUUAAGUUCAGGAUUUUGGGACCAGAUAUUAUGUAUAAAAUGUAGGUUUCAGCAGAAUCACCUUUGGGCCCAAUUGAGCGAGUCUGAUCCUUGUGUAUUUGAACAUGUUACAACAGUGGGUCUUAAGGUGUAGUUCAGCUAAAGCAACAUUCUCUAUGUCUCAUGUUGUUUUAAAAAAAUGUUUAAGCAGCAAUAUUCCAUAUUGUAGCUAGUUGAAAGUCUAUUGCUGAAUUGUUUUUUUAAGAAGGCAGUUUCCUUUUUUUCCAAACUAAGAAUUUUAACCAACCCUUUGUGGGUUGUUUUAGAAUUACAGUACAAACUGUCUUAUUCAUGUAUUCACUGUUGGCUGUAUGUGCUGAUGGCUGAGUUUUGAGGAACUUUCCCCACUCCUAAUUUAUCUAUUUAUUUUGGAGAUGCGUGAAAAACAUACAUGUAGCUUUAAUUGUAACUGUGUAAUCACUAAAUUUAGUCAGUGGAUUUGGAGCAUGGCUUGGGCUCUGCUUUGUUCAAAUUGUUUCUGUUCUAGAUAUUUCCAUAAAAGUUUAUAGGGACAUUAAGCUGCUAUUCUGUGGGAUGAGCAGGAUGUUUGUCCCAUUGAUUUUUGUGAAAACCUUGCUUGUUUCCAGUGAUGUCUUACACUCAGGUUGUGGGAUAAGGAUGAGGCAUCUGUGAGGCAAUCUUACUAAUUUAAUUCGAGUCAGGAAUGUUUUUUUUGGGGGGGGGGGAAGGAGAGUAUGAAGUAAGGAAUGAAGUGGUUUGCUGUUACACUUGGUUGACCUCCUUUUCAAACAUGUCAGAGUUAAUGUAAUAAUAUUUUGCUGGGACCAUUGGGUGUCUUCCACUGAAGGCUUAUUUUCACGUUGUAGAUCAGUUGAUCAUGUGAGUACAGUUUAACUUUCUAAAUACUAAGUGUUAAUAAAAAAACACUGCAUAUUGAUCAACUGAGGUUUAUUGAGAGUACCCGAUCUGUACCCCAAGAUCCACAAACUGUGACCGUUGGUCUGUUUUCAAAGCCUUAGUGGCAUUAAAGUGCCUCUGCAGAUCCUGAAUACAUAAACUGACCCUGUUUUGGAACUUUGCUGUGAAACCCCUUCUUUCGGGACAGUCUCUCUAGAGAACAGAUACAAAUGUACUGUAAUGCUGCUUUUCAGCCCGAUCCUUUUACUUCACAUCUGAAUGAAAAACAUUUUGGAAAGUAACAGUAGACCCACGUAACUGAUUUGCCAAAGGCAGCCUGUUACUGGUUUUUGUUUAAAUUAUGAAUGCAAGUUAAGCAGAACCAAUGCAAGGCAGGUUCUGUAUUUGUUGUUCCUGUUAUGUUGCAGAGCAAAACUGAGUUUCAACCCUGUGUAUUUAUGUUCAAAUUUAAAAAUCUACUAAUAAAAUUUAUUUCUA